AGAUGAUCAGGUUACACUUGUUCGCCAUCCCUUAGUAACAGCGUUGUGGCUUUGUGACAGGCGGAGGAAAUGGUUUUAGUAUGAAUGUUUAAUGCGUUGAGCAUGCUGUAGGCUUUCCGUCUUUACUCACACGUCAGAAAACUCAGCAAGAUGCAGAGAGGAGGAGCUGGAUGUUCCUGAUGACAUAUUCUCAUCGAUAUUAGAUGUGGAAAAGGAGGAAAAGCAGAUGGCAGAAGGGCUCCCACCUGUAGGGAAGGAGAGCGCUGGAGUUGGAGAGAACACUUCCCCUGCAGAGAUAUGAGCUGGUCUUUUCUUCGAGACAUACUAAGUGGUGUUAACAAAUAUUCAACAAGUAUUGGAAGAGUCUGGUUGUCAGUGGUCUUUAUAUUCCGACUCCUAGUGUAUGUUGUUGCUGCAGAAAACGUUUGGAAAGAUGAACAGAAGGAGUUUGAGUGCAACAUCAAACAACCCGGGUGUGAAAAUGUCUGCUUUGACCACUUCUUUCCUAUUUCUCAAAUUCGCCUUUGGGCUCUACAGCUGAUAAUGGUGUCUACACCUUCUCUCCUUGUGGUACUCCAUGUAGCCUAUCGUCAAAGUCGAGAGAAGAGACACAACAAAAAACUGUACAAGAACACAGGAAGCAUGGAUGGUGGCCUGUUUUGGACAUAUGUCGUUAGCCUCCUAUUCAAAACGGUGUUUGAGUUUGGUUUCCUGCUGCUCUUUUACAAAUUAUAUGGUGGGUUCAGUGUUCCACGACUAGUGAAGUGCGACAUUGAUCCUUGCCCAAACCUUGUAGAUUGCUAUAUCUCUAAGCCUACAGAGAAGAGGAUUUUCCUGUACUUUGUAGUAAUUACAUCAGGACUCUGUAUUGUACUCAACCUCAGUGAGCUGCUGUACCUCAUCUUCAAAGCCGUUUCUAAAUGUUGUCUAAAACAGUAUGCUGAUAAACUGAGCUCAAGCCAGUGUGGCUGUGAAAACCAACACCGGAGCAUGGAGCAGGAUAUUACCUUACAACAAUUCACCAACAAUUCUAUUGAACACACUGCAAACUCAUAAACAGAUUGUCUACAUGAACAUUUUUUUUACUAUAUGGC